AUGUCUUCCGACUACGCCCUGUCUGCGUCUCACAAGGAGAUGCUCGAGAAGCCUCUUCUCGAGACUGACCCCGAGGUCGCCACCAUCAUGAAGGAUGAGAUCCAGCGGCAGCGAGAGUCGAUUGUUCUCAUUGCCUCGGAGAACAUCACCUCUCGCGCCGUUUUCGAUGCCCUCGGCUCCCCCAUGUCCAACAAGUACUCCGAGGGUUACCCCGGCGCUCGCUACUAUGGCGGCAACCAGCACAUUGACCGCAUUGAGUUGCUCUGCCAGAAACGAGCUCUCGAGGCCUUCCACCUCGACCCUGAGAGGUGGGGUGUCAACGUCCAGUGCUUGUCUGGCAGCCCUGCCAACUUGCAGGUGUACCAGGCUAUCAUGCCUCCUCACGGUCGUCUCAUGGGUCUCGACCUUCCUCACGGUGGCCAUCUUUCUCACGGUUACCAAACUCCUCAGCGCAAGAUCUCGGCUGUCUCCACCUACUUCGAGACUAUGCCUUACCGAGUUGACCUCGAGACUGGCAUCAUCGACUACGACAUGCUCGCCAAGAACGCUAUUCUCUACCGCCCCAAGAUCCUCGUCGCCGGUACCUCUGCUUACUGCCGCUUGAUUGACUAUAAGCGCAUGCGCGAGAUUGCCGACUCCGUUGGCGCUUACCUUGUUGUCGACAUGGCUCACAUCUCUGGACUUAUCGCUGCCGAAGUCAUCCCUACGCCUUUCCAGUACGCUGAUGUCGUUACUACCACCACCCACAAGUCUCUCCGUGGCCCUCGCGGCGCAAUGAUCUUCUUCCGCAAGGGUGUCCGCUCUGUCGAUGCCAAAACUGGCAAGGAGACCCUCUAUGACCUUGAGGGCCCCAUCAACUUCUCCGUCUUCCCCGGCCAUCAGGGUGGACCUCAUAAUCACACCAUCACCGCCUUGGCCGUUGCUCUCAAGCAGGCUCAGACCCCCGAGUUCAAGGCCUAUCAGGAGAAGGUCGUAUCCAACGCCAAGACUCUGGAAAACACAUUCAAGUCUCUUGGCCACAAGCUGGUUGCUGAUGGCACUGAUAGCCACAUGGUUCUCCUUGACCUCCGUCAGUUCAGCCUGGACGGUGCCCGUGUCGAGGCUGUUCUUGAGCAGAUCAACAUUGCCUGCAACAAGAACGCCAUUCCUGGAGACAAGAGCGCUCUCACCCCAUGCGGCAUCCGCAUUGGUACCCCUGCCAUGAGCAGCCGUGGUUUCGGCGAGAAGGACUUUGAGCGUGUCGCCAAAUACAUCGAUGAGAGCAUCAAGAUUUGCAAGGAGGUUCAGGCUGCUCUUCCCAAGGAAGCCAACAAGCUCAAGGACUUCAAGGCCAAGGUUGCCAGCGGCGAGAUUCCUCGCAUCAACGAGCUCCGCAAGGAAAUCGCUGCUUGGACCAGUGCUUUCCCCCUCCCCGUUGAGGGCUGGCGCCUGGACGCUGGCAUCUAG